CCACGCCACACGCUGCCCGCCUCCUGCGCACCGCCGGUCCGCCUGGCUGCUUUUCGCUCGCUCGCUUGCUCGUUGGACGCUGCCGGCCGGCUCCGUCUUAGCCGAGGGCGAAGGAAGCGGCCGGGGGAGGGAGGGGGAGCGCGGGGAGGGCUGCCCGCCCGAGCGGGGCAGGUCACCAGCCCCAAUGGGAAAUGGUUCGGUGAAACCCAGGUACCUGCGGAGGUCCGUCAGCCACGUCGGAAGCUGUCCUUUCGGUUGUUCUAGUUGCGGCAAGAUCCUGAAAGACCCAGGGUUGAGCAUCAGCACGAUAACAGGAGCUGCAGAUCUUCUCAGAAACAAGAUCUGGGAGCUUGAGAAAGAGUUGAAGAGGCAGGAAGAAGAGCUACACGAGAGGAACUAUCACAUCUUAGAGCUUCAGGGGCAGCUCGCCAAGCAAACGAAGACCAUCGGAGACCUUACCGAAGAGCUGAAGUGUAAAUGCGUCCAGCUGAACAAACUACAAGAUGUCGUGGUCACUCAAGGGACAAAUCCUUUCCUUUUCCCCAGCCUUACAGAGACACCCAGAGCCAGCCAGGCGGCCAGCAACAACAGGAGGAGGGGUGCGAAGGAAGGGGUGUCUGCAGAGCCAACCACACGGACAUAUGACCUAACCGAGCAACCUCGGUUUUCUUUCGAAAAAGCCAGAGUCCGGAAAGCCUCAAGCGAGAAAAAGCUUAUCACAGAUGCUCUGAGUAGAAACCAAUUUCUGAAAAGGCUGGACCUUCAGCAGAUCAGAGACAUGGUAGAAUGUAUGUACGGAAGGACAUACCAGCAAGGAAACUACAUAAUCAAGCAAGGGGAACCUGGCAACCAUUUAUUUGUACUGGCAGAAGGUAGAUUGGAGGUUUAUCAACAUAAUAAAUUUCUGUCAUCUAUUCCUGUAUGGACAGCCUUUGGAGAACUGGCUAUUUUAUAUAAUUGCACAAGGACGGCCUCAGUAAAAGCUGUCACCAGUGUGAAAACAUGGGCAUUAGACAGAGAGGUUUUCCAAAAUAUCAUGAGAAGAACAGCUCAAGCAAGGCAUGACCAAUAUAGAAACUUUCUGAGAAGUGUUUCUUUACUGAAGAAUUUACCCGAAGAUAAACUAACCAAGAUUAUAGACUGCUUGGAAGUGGAAUACUAUGACAAAGGUGAUUAUAUUAUCCGUGAAGGAGAGGAAGGAAGUACUUUCUUUGUUAUAUCCAGGGGAAAGGUUAAGGUUACCCAGACCCCAGAAGGGCAGACCCAGCCUCAGUUGAUUAAAACGCUGCAGAAAGGAGAUUCUUUCGGAGAAAAAGCCUUGAUCAGUGAUGAUGUCAGGUCUGCUAAUAUAAUUGCAGAUGAAAAUGACGUGGAGUGCCUUGUUAUUGACAGAGAAACUUUUAACCAAACCGUUGGAACGUUUGAAGAACUUCAAGCCUACCUCGUGGGUUAUGUAGCGACUUUGGCUCGAGACGAUGAAAAAAGGCAUGCCCAAGGCUCUUCCGUGGAGCGGCUCCCUCACCAUGCCUCUCUGGAGAUGAUUCAGCUGAAAGAAAAAGUUACCCAGUUUCCUGCCUCCUGCCCUUUUCAGCACCUGGAGAUUGUUGCGACUCUGGGCGUCGGUGGAUUUGGAAGAGUUGAACUCGUGAAAAUUAAGAAUGAGAACAUAGCAUUUGCCAUGAAAUGCAUUAAGAAGAAGCACAUAGUGGAUACCAAGCAACAGGAACAUAUUCACUCCGAAAAGAAGAUUCUAGAAGAGGCCUGUUCGCCAUUCAUUGUGAAGUUGUAUCGUACCUUCAAAGACAACAAAUACGUUUAUAUGCUCUUAGAAGCUUGUCUUGGAGGUGAGCUAUGGAGCAUCCUCAGGGACAGGGGAAGUUUUGAUGAAACCACUACAAAGUUCUGUGUCGGAUGUGUGACAGAAGCUAUUGAAUAUUUACAUUCUAUGAGUAUAAUCUACAGGGAUUUGAAACCAGAAAAUUUAAUUUUGGAUGCCCAGGGUUAUAUAAAGUUGGUUGACUUUGGAUUUGCUAAGAAGAUCAGAGCAGGGCAGAAGACCUGGACGUUCUGUGGGACUCCUGAAUACGUCGCACCUGAAGUCAUUCUGAAUAAAGGCCACGAUUUCAGUGUGGAUUUUUGGUCCCUCGGCAUCCUUGUAUAUGAACUGCUUACAGGAAAUCCUCCCUUUACUGGAGUCGAUCAAAUGAUGACCUACAAUUUGAUUUUAAAAGGAGUUGAGAGACUGGAUUUCCCCAGAAUAAUAACCAAGCGCCCUGAGGAUUUGAUUCGGCGGCUUUGCAGACAAAGUCCUACAGAGAGAUUAGGAAAUUUGAAGCAUGGAAUCCAUGACAUUAAGAGGCACAGGUGGCUGAAUGGUUUCAAUUGGGAAGGACUCAAAGCAAUGAAGUUAUCGUCACCCCUUAAAAGAGAGCUUUCAGGUCCUAUGGAUUACAGCCACUUCGACCGAUACCCACCCGAGCAGGGAGUCCCCCCCGAUGAACUUUCAGGCUGGGAUAAAGAUUUCUAAGAAGACGGCUAGUGAUGUAAUUGUCCUCACUGACUGGUUGCCUGCCGUGAUUGUGCACGUCGUUGUUCGGAGCACAGCCGAGAUGCAUUGAAAUUGCAUUUUAAAAUUCAAAGGACAUUAGGAUCACUCUCUAAUUUCCUCUGUAAAUUCCCAACACGAAGUAUUGCAGUUGUGAAGCUGGGCCUUCUAAGCAGCAGAACCGAAGGGAGACUGGUGACCAGUAGCUUAACGCCCUGCUAAAUUACGAUCUAAAUUCCACAUUCAUCUCCUUGGGAAGUAUGUGUGUGGCCCAUUUAUUACAUCAGCAUCUCUGCUGUGAUGUGCUUUGCAUAAAAUGCCACUGUGAGCAACCUUGCAUCAGAGAUUAGAAACGUGAGGGGAAUUCUGGAAAGAGGGUAGCAUUUAAAGCACUUUGCGAAGGUCUGGGUGACAAGUUUUCUGUCAUCUCCCCAGAUAAAUGAAACCCGUUCCUUUAACAGUGAAUGACUCCUGAAAACUAAAAUGUGCCUCUAAAAUCUUUUCCCUUAAAUAUAUAUAUAUAUAUAUAUAUUAAAAUUAAGGUGUGUUAUUCUUUACAGGUGUAAAAAUGCAGAAAAGAAAAAUAUAUCAAUGCCAAAAAAAAAAAGGAAAGAAGAAAGUAGUAAAAACUAAAUGUACAGUACAUGCCUAGACAUACACAUGUAUUUGCCAUAUAUGACGUGAUGUGUACCUCCUACAGGCACACACAAAUGCAUUUGCAUUGUCACAGAAAAGUUCUAUUUCUAUUAUUUCUAUUCUAGUUUCUACAGUAUUUCUAUUAUUUCAGGGAGGAAUGAAUCAAUGCAGUUCUACAAAGCAUUUGAUGACCCAUUAGACUUUCAGGAAGAAAUUCAGUUGUUACCGAACAAUUAUGUCCAUAAGUAGUCAUUUCUAUAUGUUUCAUUUAAUCCUGUAAAGAUAUGAACAGAGAUGUAUGUUUAUAGGUAGUUUUUUUUUGACAUAACGUUUACAAAUGGAGUAGGUAUGCACUGUAAUAGAAUUAUGUUUUUAAAAAGGUAGACUUUGGGGGAACCCUUUGCUGAAUCCCCCUGAGUGAGAAUCUUUUCUGAACUCCAUAGUAUUUUUAAAUCUUUUCUUAAUCCUUGCUUCUUUUUUUCUAGACCUGCCGAUGUCUGAUCUCCCAACUGCAUGUACCUAAAUGGGGACAUGCACAGGCUAUGGUCAAAAAAAGUCAAGCUGGAUUGGAUAUGAGAGUGCAGUCCAAGCACUGCCUGCUUUUUAUGUGAAUCACAAAAGCAACACACAUUGCAAAGAGGCAGAGCGUUAAUUGCAGGGGUGAGUUGCUACCGAUUCACCCCGGAUCAGGCGAACCGGUAGCGGCAGCAGCUACACCCACCCAUCUGCACACGUGCAGAAGCAUCGUGCGCGCAAGCGCCCACAAGUAAACCAGUAGCAAUGGGAUUUGCAAACCACUACUGGUUAAUUGCCCUGUUAUGUCCAGCCUUUUGACAAUUUUGACCAUACCCUGCAGACACCCCUACAGCUAAGUCUGCUUUCCUUGAUAAUGAUGAUAAGCAUUAUCUUAAUGGCCCACUGUGAUCUCUUUUCAGAGCUUUAAGUAUUCGUUUUUUGGGGAUGAUUUAUAGGUGACUCACACAAUGAAACAAGACUCAGAUAAUCUUAUUUGGAAUUCAAGCACAAUGGACUCACUAGAGGCUAUUUAUAAAAACAGAGGUCCUGUUUGUUUGUUGUUGUUUUUUUUAAAGUUUAGUCUUCCAGUUUUAGAAUACACAAAACUGAUUCAGAAUUGGUAAUCAAGGAUUUUAUUUUGUGGUAGAGCAGUGGCUUGAAUCUAGGACUUACUGCCAGGAUCAUUGGAUGGAUCCUGAGUCUGCAUCCUAGCAGUUAGUUAGCAUAAUAUAGUUGACAUAUACGUGAUUCAUCAGAAUUCUAGACCGAAUCUUUGUGGAAACCUCUACAUCAGGGGUGUCAAACUCGAUUUCAUUGAGGGCCGCAUCAGGGUUGUGUUUGACUUCGGGGGGGCGGGGUUGGUGUGGCCAGGGGGGCGUGGCCAGCUUGACAUCACUCGUGUCGAAGGCGCCUGUGGUGGCCUGAGCGCUCUGCCAGCGAAAUCAGGUUCCUGAGCUCCGUUUUCAGCUGGGACAGCCUCCUGCAACCCUCUGCCAGUGAAAACGGUUUUCGCUGGCAGAGGCACCACAGGCCGGUCCUUUCCUGUUUCCAGGGUGGCCCCGCGGGCCAGAUCAAAGCACCCCACGGACCACAUUCGGCCCGCAGGCCUUGAGUCUGACACCCCUGCCCUACAUGGAGAUGCGAAGGAAAUGAAGCUCGGAUCUUUUGUAUGCAUAGCGAACACUUUGUGAUCGAUCAAAUAAAUGGAUCCUUCCCGAUCUAUUGUAAUAGCGGUUCCACAAAAUAAUGGGGGGGAGGGGGGGAAUUCCGCACUUUUAAAGAAAUGGUAUCUCCAGGUAAAUGAUCUCAGGUGAUUGGGCUGCAAAGCACCUCUGCUCGUUGAAUGUAAAUGGUAUCCAGUAUUUCCAUCCGGUGUAAUUCAGUUCUAUUUAGAUUCUCCCAAAUAGGGAUGGUUUUCCCAUUUUGUCAUGCUGGCUUGGCCUAAUGGAAUCUGGCCUCAGCAACAUUUGCAAGGCUACAGAAGUCUCUUAUUUUGAUUUAAAGGAACUCUCUAGACGCCAACUGGCACCCAUUAGUUAUACCAAAGACUGCACAUUUGUCACCGAGACAUCUCUAAUUUUUUGCCCUGUUUUUGGAUCUUUUCAAAAAUGUAAAGGCUGUAAAAUAUUUUUUUAAGACAACAAAAAGUGCUUUCCCUCUAUUUAUUUGUAUAUAAAUGCAAUCUUCAUUCAUGUAGGUUUGAGAAUAUUUUUAAUGAACACUGGAAAGGCACAUUUUACUGCACAGCGUAGAGAGCGAGAGACUAGCCCCUGUCCCUUUUAAUAUCUGUCGAACGCAUUGAUUUCUUUGUGCGCCUAA